AGGAUCAAGCCUGGAGGAUGCUGGAAAGAGAAAAACAGAGAAAGGAUUAUUGCUGAGCCCUUCCUCCCUUCCCUCUCCUCCUCUCCUUCUGUCAGGACCACACUGGCAGCUCUCAAGGGAACCAAAGCAGUGAGCCAGGGAAGAACAAGAAGAAGAAAGGAUAUUUCCUUCCUCUCUUAUUAGUUGCCUCCCAGGUCUUUGAAAGGCUCUGCUGGGGGGCAGAGCAAGCACAAAAAGGCUGGAGAGGCAAAGGGGAAAGGAUGGGCAGCAGAUGCCUUUGGAAAGCUAGUGAUGAUUUCCAUGGAAUUGGUCAGACAAAUGCCCACCGCUGCUUCCCGGAGACCCUGUCCAGAUAUCCAUCAUUUCUCACCAUGCGCUCUGCACUUGCCGGAGAGACCACACACCUGGACACAGCCUGUGUUUAGUGCGCUAACUUUGCUCUGAUGCUGCUCUGGGAGGCCUGGUGACAACCCUCAGAAAUGCCUAUUCUCUCCGGAGGCAGUGACCAUGACUACAGCUAUGCUUCCUGCAAUUCCUUGAACCAUCUGAUUCCCAUCUCGGUGGUUGAGACACCUUCUGCCAAAGGGCUGCAUUACCAAAGGGCCCAGAGGAUUUACUGCCCUGAUCAGCUCCAAACAGUCGACUUGAAGAGAGAGAUUGUGGUCAACGUUGGCGGGAUUAAGUAUCUGUUGCCUUGGAGCACGUUGGAUGAGUUUCCAUCAUCCAGGCUGAGCAAGCUCAGGUUCUGCAGCAGCUAUGAGGAGAUCAUCCAACUGUGCGAUGACUAUGAUGAAGACACCCACGAAUUCUUCUUUGACCGCAGCCCCAGUGCUUUUGGGAUGAUCGUCAGCUUCUUUGCAGCAGGAAAACUGAUGCUCCUUCGUGACAUGUGUGCCUUGUCCUUCCGGGAUGAGCUGAGAUACUGGGGGAUUGAGGAGUCCAGCUUGGAGAGUUGUUGUUUCCGAAAGCUCUUUCAGAAGGCCGAUGAACUGGCGGAGAUGCGCAGAGAGGAAGAGAUGGAGAUAAACAAGGUAAUGUCUUGCAUCCUAGAGGAAGAGACCAAAGCUGGUCAGUUUAUGACCAAACUGAGAGACAUGGUGGAAAACCCACGGUCGGGCCUCCCGGGUAAGAUCUUUGCUUGCCUGUCCAUCCUCUUUGUGGCAACCACAGCGAUAAGCCUUUGUGUCAGCACCAUGCCAGACUUAAGAGAAGAAGAAGACAGGGGUGAAUGUUCCCAAAAGUGCUAUUACAUCUUCAUCAUCGAGACCAUCUGUGUCGCUUGGUUCUCCCUGGAGUUCUGCCUCCGGUUCAUCCAAGCCAAAAGCAAGUGUCAGUUCUUCAAAGGGCCCCUGAACAUUAUCGACUUCAUGGCCAUCUCCCCGUACUACGCUUCUCUCAUCGUGCUGGAAGAGGAGUCCACCGAGGAGGACAAAAGGCCCAGCGGGAACUCUUACCUUGAGAAGGUGGGCUUGGUGCUACGGGUCUUACGUGCCUUGAGGAUACUGUAUGUCAUGCGGCUAGCAAGGCACUCCUUGGGACUACAGACUUUGGGCCUCACGGUCCGCAGGUCCGCACGGGAGUUUGGCUUGCUUUUGCUCUUCCUGUGUGUGGCUGUCACCCUCUUUUCCCCCUUGGUCUACCUUGCGGAAAACGAAUCCGGGAAAGUUUUGGAGUUCACCAGUAUCCCUGCCUCCUAUUGGUGGGCCAUCAUCUCGAUGACGACGGUUGGGUAUGGAGACAUGGUCCCCAGGAGCGUCCCAGGCCAGAUGGUGGCCCUGAGUAGCAUUCUCAGUGGGAUCCUCAUCAUGUCUUUCCCAGCCACCUCCAUCUUCCACACUUUCUCCCACUCUUACUCCGAGCUGCGGAAAGAGCACGAGAGACUGCAGUCCCGGAUAAUGAGGAUGAAAAAUGCCAAUACGUCUGGGGAAAGCGAUACCUUGAACGAGAGUGAAAGCUUCAUUACCGAUCCAAACGCCUCUCCCAUCAAGUACAUUUACAAAGGAUAACAAACGUCUCCUGCUGCAAAAUUGGGAAUCAAAACAGAACAAACCCCUGGAUGCUGUAAUGCACAAAACAGAGAAUCUGGGGCCUGCAAUGCACCAUUAUCCAAUGCAACUGCUUCUGCAAAAACAAAACAAAAUAAAACAGCCCUGAAAUGUCUGCACAGGUGAAAUCAACAGCUUAAACAUAAUGCUGAGAAGAAACCAACAAUGCUUCAUCAAUGCUGGUGACAGUAGGGAUGAUCUGGGAGAUGUAGGGUGAGAUCCAGCAAUACUGUUCAAUGCUUGGUAGCCCCUUACCCCAACCUGGCGUUCAGGUGGAGAGAUACAUGGAGAUGAGAUAAUGGUGGGCCAACAUGAUCCAUGGGCCACAUGUACUUGUGCAGGAGUUUGUGGGACAUGGACAGGUCAGAUGGAAGGUUUCUUUGUUUUUCCCAGGUAUAACACUGAAAAACAAAAUAGCCAAGCAUGACAUUGCUACUCAGGAAGCUUCUCUAAGGUCAAAGGACCAGCAAAGGUGGGUAGAAACUCAGGUGGAGGAAUUUCAGUUGGGAGGAUUGUGCUGAAGGAGUAAGAAUGUAAACCUUCAUUUUAUUUUAUUCUACAUGCUAAAACAUGUAUAUUGACGUCCCCCCAAAGGAUGAGAUUUUGAGAGAUCUUUGCACAUUUUUGGAUGAUCCUUAUAUUGUGAAACGUUCUGGCGAAAAUAUUCGCAACUUUUCUGCGAAACAUAGCCCCUUUUUGCACAAACCCAAUGCUUUUGCACAAGAAACUCGUUAUGUAUUUUUUUUGCAAAAAAAGUCUCCAAGUGCUAAAUAAAUAAAUAAAUAAAUUUCA